ACUCCCGCUUUGUUCCCUUUAUAAGCCCCUCCGCCCUCCCUCCCUUCUCCACAACCAAACCACCGCCGAUCCAGCAAUCAACCGCCGCAUCAAUUUCAAGAUGAAUUCCAUGUUCAGUUUCUUCGAUGCCUUCGCCGCCGAGAUCCUCCUUGGAAAGUUCGUUACGGCUUCUACUUCUGUCCCUUCUUUCACUCCGAACACCGGCGGCGGUGGUUCUGCCUCUUCCGCUCCUGUGAAGUCGAUGCCGGGAAAGAAGGAAGAAGCUAACGCCGUAGCCAAGUCCAAGAACUCGUUGAUGAAGCCGAGAUUCGCUCUGGAGCUCGAUGGCCUCAAUUGCUUUGAGACUCUCGUCCCAAAUUGAGGUCUCCUAUGAUCGUGAUUCUGUUAUUAUAUCUUACUCCAUUCUUCUGAUUCUUUCAAUUUUAGGAAAUUCUUUUGAUUCUUUCAAUUUUAGGGUUUAAAUUAGGUUAUACGAGAUUUAGGGAUUCUAGUAUGUGAAUGAAAAUACAGAGUGCUUUCUUGUUCUUCCUUCUUCUGUUACACGGAAUUAGAUGAUUGAUUCCGUUCCGCGUUUAGUUUUUUUGGAAUUUCGAUAUGAAAUUAAUUACUCUUCUCCUUC